CCCGCCUCCUCCCCACCCGAUUGGCUGCCUUGGUUAUCUUCGGAGUUCGGAUUUAGAACCUUGGAGUUAAGAGGCAGAUGAAGCCGAUUGGCUGAGAUGCAGGUUGCCUGCGCUCAUCAAUGGACAAAGGAAUCUUCGCCGCGUGAGCCUGCGAAUGACGGGAAUCGGCUUGGGGAGAGGCAAAGCGAGAGCAGGGGAACCGCCCGCCCUGGCGGGUCUCCAGGAGCCUUCGAGAGACCCGUGGCCUCAAGGACGACAGCAGCCGCCAGGUCUGUGACUUACCUGUCCGAGGAGCCCGAAUCCACUCAGGUCUGGGCAUCGGCCUCGAUCUGUUGCUGUAAAAUGCCAGAUUCCCCCGAGUGGGGGAAGGGACGUGGUUCCUCGCUCCGCUGGAGAGGGAACAAUCCUUGCCAGUAUCUCGGGGCAGCACAAACCAGAAUAAUUUUUUGCUGGGCUCCUUUUUGUUCCCUUGACAUCAUGCUUUUGCUCGAAGAAGUUCAGAACGACUCCGUGGGGAAGGUUAGAUGGACAGUGUAACUUGCCCUAGAUCUCCCAGGGCCCCGCGUGAAUUAUUAUUUGGGGAUAAUAAUACUGUAAUGCAAACGAGCUGAGGGGUGCAUACUUGGGAGUUAUCCUCCCAACAUCCCGGUAAGGUAGAGUAGGCUGAGACCCUGGCCCGUUGUCACGCAGUUAUCUCCAUGCUGAGCACGGAGACUUAAUUCUGCGUCUCCCCGUGGUUCAAGUCAACAUCAGCUCUCUCUUUCCAUCCAGUCCCAAUAUCGGUUCCUGCACAGCAACCGGGCUGAGGGACAAAUAUGCAUGCUGCGUAUGUAUAAUGCCAUUUUCGGAGCAAUAUAAAAGUGCACCCUUAGCUCCCGGGAACUGACGUAUUGGCUCGUCUCUUCGGCUCCCGCGUGCCCAUCUCAUGGCUUGGACACCAUGAUUCAUUGGGAUCAUCUGGCGAGCUGGCAAGCGAGGCUCCAGCUGUGAGGAGAGGACACUGCCGGGUUAGCUUGCAUCGUCUAAGCUUUCCAGAGUUAACCUGUAGCUCAUAUUUGGGCAAGAGGGUCAUCAGGCUCUCUUUGGGAAUUAACUGCUGUCCCUAGGCUUUCUCUACCAUAAGAGACAUCAAAGAGGCUGCUAGAAGACAAAUGCCAGCCCUUCCGCUUGAGUGCAAGAAUGUGACCCAUAUGGCCCCACCCUGGCACUCGUCCCAGCUUCUGUGGAAUUUCAGUGCAUGCAAACCGGCUUUUAGCCUGGAGCUGUUUUUUGGUAUGUAGCUCCUCCCAACUUUAGCACACCUGUACUGAGCAAGCAGAGGCCUGGCUUAAUACUCUGCUGCCAGAGAAUUAAACCACCAUCUGGAUGGUGUUGAGGGAGCUCAGAGGCUUGCUUAGGAAAAUGGAGGUGCUCUCUUUCUGAUGGCCUACACAUCCCCAAGGGCCAGGAGUCAGCUGCAGAAUAGGAAUCCCAAUUCCUUCUGUAGGAAGUGGUGGCAGACAAGUUGGGUUGGCAAAAAGGAUGGAUGCCUUGAGGCAUGGCUGUGGAAAGGUUGUGUCUUACACAUCUGCUCCCAGCUAGGCAGGCAUAGGUGAAGUUGAGGGCAGCAGGGGAAUAGCAAUGGCUGGCAGGAUUAGUCAUUCUGCUGUUUCACCCUAUUUCCUCUCUCUUUCACAGAACCACCUUCAGCUACGGAGUGGAGGGACCCUAGCAUCAUGGGUACCCCAGCCUCUAUUGCCUGUGACUUGCCACAGCAUCAGACCCCCAAAGCCUGCACUCGCAAGAGAGCAUCUGCCAACAUCUUUCAGGGGGUGGGGCUGUUGCAGUUGCGCCGCCUCUUCCACAGCAGUGGGGAUGCCCAAGCCGAGGAGAGGGCCCAGCUGGUCUGGGAAUGUGCAGGGAGCCGUUGCAUUGCUCACGCCUUGCAACAGCUCCGAAGGAGGCAGAGAAAGCUGAGGCUGAGAUCACACCUGAGACCUCCUUCAGAAAUGAGUGGUGCCACCAGACUCCUAGAGCUUCAACACUUCAGCCGCUUACGGUAUGGUCUCCAUGUUCAUGCCACCCUGCUUCUACAGCUCUUGCAUUCACCAUCUAACAAUAAAGCCACAAAGAUCCCCUCUCCUCUGCUGUUUCUGCAACAGCAGGUUGUAGGCCAGCAAUGGCCCUUCAAAUCUCAUUGGACUCUUAAUUUCUAUUUGUCUUAGCUAGCAUGGCCAAUGAUAAGAGAUAACGGGUGUUCUUCAGCAACAUCUGGAGGACUUCAGGUUCUCAACUCCUGGAGUAAGCAGAUCUCUACCUAAAACCAGUAACUUCCUACCUACCCACCUUUACAGAUCUAUUCUAUAAAUUGCUGGUUUGCAUACUUUUGACCAGCUGCUGUACCUCAAGUCAGGUCACGUUCACACCAUAAAGCCCUAUGGUACUAGUUUAAACCCUAUGGUACUACUUUAAACAGUGGAAGAAGAUUGGAAGAAAUUCAAAGAUUAUCUACAGAAAUAUUGUAAAAUUAAUGAAUGUUAGAAUGAUGUUGGAUAGUAAUUAAGUGGUUUCCAGCUGUAAUGCUUUAAGGGAAUAUGAAAAAGGGGUUAUAAAUAGGUAAAAAUUUAAUAUUAUUACUUUUAAAGGAUUUGCUGAACCAACAGAUUGAAGUGGAAUACAAAAAAGGGAGGUAUGAGGAGGUCCGGGAAAUAAGUCAAAGGAAAAUAAGUAAUGGAAAAUCUGUGUGUUUUUAACUAUUUUUAUUUUGUAUUUUUGUCAUAUAUAUUUUUUUCAUUUUUAUUGUAACAUUUAAAAAAAAUCUUGAUAAAUAUCUUAUAAAAAAAAUAAAAUAAACAGUCAUGGCUUCCGCCAAAGAAUUCUGGGAGUUGUAGUUUAAGGAUGCUGAGAGUUGUUAGAGGUCCCUGUUCCCUUUACAGAACUAUAGUUUUCAGGAGUUCCCUGUGACAAGGGAUUGUUGUUAAACUGCUCUGGGGGGAACACAGGGACUUCCUUACAACUCUCAGCAUCCUUAGUAAAGUGCAGUUUGGGGGGAAGACAUGACUUUACAUUUAAAGCACUAAGAUUCCAUUUUAUAGUGUGCAUAUGCAGCCUCAGCCUCAGAGCUCCUGCUAACCAACUGGUGUUACCUGCUCCUAAUGCUGUUGUGCAGAUGUAUAAUAAUUAUGGCCAUAUGUCAUCAACAGUGGUCUCUUAAUAAAGCCACGGCUUAGAGCAUCCUUUGCUUAAAACUGUGUUCAUUGGUUAUAUUGCAGUGUGUUCAGAACUGGAGCAAAUGUGCUUUGUAUUGUACUCAGGCAUAGCAUGUAAACAGAAUCUGCUGACAGGUACAGAGUUUAGCCUCUUACCAACCUCAGCUUUCAGCUUAUGUAAGUUGUAGCUGUUACAGCUGAAAAUAUAGAUGCAAAGGUAUGUGGGUAAUGUGCAGUUUCAGAAACCAGAGGGGCAAAGCUUUCUCUAGUUCAUGCCCUCUACUCAUCAGUAACAGAAGCAGAAUUUAUGUACAGUGGUGCCCCACAAGACGAAUGCCUCGCAAGACGGAAAACCCGCUGGACGAAAGGGUUUUCCGUUUUUCAAUGCGCUUCGCAGGACGAAUUUCCCUAUGGGCUUGCUUCGCAAGACGAAAAUGUCUUGCGAGUCUUGAGAUUUUUUUUCGCUCCCCCCCCUUUUUCUAAGCCGCUAAGCCUUUAAUAGCCGCUAAGCCGCUAAUAGCGCUAAGCCGCUAAUAGGGUUGCUUCGCAAGACGAAAAAACCGCUAGACGAAGAUACUCGCGGAACGGAUUAAUUUCGUCUUGCGAGGCACCACUGUAUGCAGAGUAAGUAAACAUGUAAAUGUAAUUCAUUUGCAUUAUUUGUACUGUUCACACAAUUUAUUCUCCCUUUGAACAGAAUUUUAAAUUCUUUAAACAUGGAGGAUACAAAGACAGCUAGAUCAGCAGGGUUUGGGAACCUGUGGCCAACCAGAUGUUGCUAGACUACAGUGGUACCUUGGGUUAAGUACUUAAUUCGUUCUGGAGGUCAGUUCUUGACCUGAAACUGUUCUUAACCUGAAGCACCACUUUAGCUAAUGGGGUCUCCUGCUGCUGCCGCAUGAUUUCUGUUCUCAUCCUGAAGCAAAGUUCUUAAUCCAAGGUACUAAUUCUGGGUUAGCGGAGUCUGUAACCUGAAGCGCAUGUAACCCAAGGUACCACUGUAUAGCUUUCAUCAUCUCAGAUCUUUGCUCAUAUGGCUGGGGCUGAGAAUUGGGCACGUCAGUUUUGCUACUGCUGAUCUAGAGGAAAAGGAGGGCAAGUGUGCUUCUCACAAACUAGCAAGAGAAUCUUCAAGUGCAAGAGUAGCCACUCCUGUAAAUUCUUUCCUCCUUUACUUGUAGAAAGACACCAUGGCAAUUCUCUUAUUGCCUGUACAUAUUGCUUACUUCUCCAGAAGAGAUAACAUACUACUCCAUUUCUUAAUGGGUGCCUUUGUUCUCCUAUAGGAUUGAAGACCGCACCACAUCAUGUGCUGAUGUUGAUGGCUGCAGCAACAGCGAUAAGGAGAUAGAUGCAGCUGAUCAAACCAGCCACUACACUGCUUCCCACUACAGGAAGAAAAAAAGUGGAAUGGGAACUGCAGACUACCUGCACCAGCUCCGCCGGUGAGCAACUGAACCUGAUGGCAACAGUUGUAGUUAAAUGUCACUGUACGGAACAGGAGUAGCCUGAACCCAAAGGGGUUCAUAUGGAAGAUGCACUUCUCUCAUAGUAAAAUGUUUUCAUAUAAUAUCCUCUGUGCUUCACACUGGCAAAAAUGGUGGAGAAACUUGAAACCAACCCUCCUCUUUCAAGCACUACCUGUUCUGGUUCUCAGACCACACCUGGCUAUGACAAAGCACAAACACUACAGACUGAAUGUACCUGGUCAUAUUUAAUAAAGCUUAUUAUACAGUCCCCUCUAUGAAAGCAAGUAGUAAUUGCUUAAAUUGCACCAAUGUCUCUAGUUCAGCACUGUAUUUUGCAUAAUCAGAUGCUCUGAGAAGUCCACAAGGAGGCUGCAUGAAGGUAACAGCUUUCUUGUUGGCUCCCACUCAGUAAUUUGUAUUUGGAGGCAGGCUGCCCCAACUGCAUGAAAACUAUGUGGCACCUUCAUGUAAGUAGCUGGAGGCAGGGCUGUCCCUCACGGGUUUGUCUAGCUGCCUUUUAAUAUCAGCUAGAGUCACAUCUUGAAGUGGAUUUCCUAAUUAUGCCAGUGUGUCAACUGCCUCUUCUAAAUCUGAGGCGAGUCAAGUGUUGGGGUUGAGGAAUGGAUUAUCAAGGGUCUGGGUUUGCACCAAAAGCACCGUCUACAGUGACAGCCUUAGAAAGUCUCACUUUCUGCAAGACUAGCUGUCUUCAUAAGUUCUCUUCGCCCACCUAGUUGUGAGGGUGGUCACUCCAUCCUAUACAAAGAAUAAUCACGGGGCAGGGCAAGUAUAAUGCUCUUUCACUUUGUAGGUGUGAUCAUGUUGACUGGGGAGUAGUUCCCUUACUGCUAUUAUACAGGAGGUCAGUCCUUUGAAAAACUAAGUGUUCGGAAAAGUUAUGAGAUGGAGUGUAGGGACAUACACAGUCCUGAUAAUUCCAAAAGAGAACAGGAACUAAGGCUGCAUUAUGUUUAAAUAGUUUUCUGCCUUUAUGUACUCACAUACCCCUGUUGAACAACCAGAGGUCUGCCCAUUUGGGUGCCUAGCUAUAAUAGCUCUCUCAAGGCAAGAAGGUCUUGUGCACAAUCAGCGUCAUACUUGGUGCAGAAGUUGGGCAACUUGUUUUUUCUUUUAACUGUACAGAUUUUAUAUUACCAAAAUAGAAGUGAAUACUAGCACAUUAAGGCGAUGAAAGGGUAUAUGUUGUGUUAAAUAUCACUUCGAGCCAGGGCCAUCCAAGCUAACAGGAUGAAAUGCAUGAUUAUUUCUCCUAAAGGCUAUAAAAGGAUCAGGAAGGGUUUUUUUGCAGGUGGUAAAGGGGUAGAGAAUAUGUGGUCCUUCAGAUGUUUUUAGACUCUUAACUCCAGUCAGCCCCACUUAGCAUGGCCAGUAACUGAGGAAAGUGGAAUUUAUAGCCUGGAACAUCAGGCAGGCAGGCCACAACUUCCCAACCCCAUGAGUUCAGGACAGCUUCCCAUCCCAUGCUUUGCAAUACAAAAAAGUCAGACACAAGGAAGGACUUUCCAAUGAUGUAUGCAGUGUAAGCUUCACCUAGUGGGGAAUAUUCAUACUGCAGGGGAAGGAGAGAGCAAGUGUGAGCCAUGACACAAUUGCAAGCGGCAGCACUAUUGCAAGGAGGAGAGCAGGGAGAAAAUUCAGUUCCCAUUAACACAAGCAGACAAAAAAAAAAAAAAAACCCACGCAAGAGACUGGCUCUGCAACUGCAGACCUGUUAUGAAGAUACUUGCAUUGAUUUAAAUAUAUUACAUACAUUUCUACAGUGCAUAAGAACGAUACAUUUCAGUUCAGGCUGGCAAAAAGGAAAAGAACCCGUGCCUGGCAUCAAGUACAUCAGCUUCAGCCUGGCACCUCAGGCAUACAGCAGGGAAUUGUCCCCCAAGUGAGAAAGAGGCAGACCCCCCCACAUACAGGGUACCAGGCGACUGCUCUGAACAGCAGAGAAGCUGGACUCAAUGCAAGGCUUCUCCUCGCAGGCCUGGGUGGCAGCCAAAUCAGCAACACCCAAGGAGAAUUCAGGACACUUAUAUGGACAAUUUCAGAGGGAAACUUGAUGCCAGGGAUUUAGCACAGUAGCUUUCAGGAAAGCAGCAUUCACUGUACCAUUCCAUUGCACACGGGGUGUACUGGGCCUCGGUAUGGUAGUGAUCCUAAUGUGAGUGCUUCCCCUUAUGAGGAUGCAAGUGAGGACAUUUCCCCCAUGGCAGCAGGCAACCCCACCCAGAGAACCUCCUCCCCCCUUCCGAUUGUCAAUGCCCAAACGCAGCCCAAGGGAGGAUUCUGCCUCUGGCAGUGGCCUCUUUUCUGCCUCCCGCUCACCCCAGCAUCGGCAGAGAAGAGGCACAGCUAUUACUUCCUCUAGGGAUCAGACUAGAUGGGUGUGAAAUACUAGCCCAAGGCUAACAGUGCUAGGAUAUAGGCAUCCUCUCAGUUGCUCCGGCACUACAUGGAGAACAAGUGUGUUCACUUGGGUUCAAUUAUUUAAAACCAAUGUUAAAAUCUACUAUUUGAGGCAUUUACUCCCUUGCAGAAGGAAGGGAAGGAAGCACAGCAGUUAUACUCUUGCAGGACCUACCUGCUAAUAUUACCCCAGGCAGACAAAAGCUGCACCAACAGACUCUAGUCCGACCCUUAAGUUCUUCUUUCCUCUCUAUCCCAACUUGCAUCCUCCCAGGAGCAGUCGGUGGCAGCUGUGCUCCUUAUGGAUGGCCCCAAGACAUGACUGGUGCCUACAGCACUAGGAGGAGCUCUGUAGGACCACGGAUAACAGAGCAAGCCUAGUGGAGCAGGGUCCUCCCCCUCCGCUGCAGGAUAAAACAGGGUGCAGGGAAGGAGGGAGGAAUAUCAAGGCUGGGAGUUGUACACAGCAGGAGACCUCUAUCCAACUCAGAUCAUCCCCCUUCAUCGCCAGCCUUCCCAGGCAGAGGACCCUGGGGUGUUCUCCACCCAGGUGGACAUUAGAGGGACGGCUUGAAACCAAAGGAUGCUGCAUGCAGGCACCUGCUGGGAGAUGCUGCCAUGCUCAGGCUGGGGAGCGGGCGGGCAUUUCCAGCCCGCAGCAAGGGGGGUGGGGAGCAGUCAGGUCUAAGGAAGGGCCUCCCUUCCUGCUGGGAAUGUGCAGAGUUGAGGCUGGCUGGUAGCGCCUGCUUACAUCUCCCACCGGCAGCAGCACAGCAGCCUCAGUCUGGAGGAUUGGCUGCCCGCUGUCAAGUGAUAACGGGUUCCUCGAUGAGUCGCAGAGACCUCUGCUACCACCAGGAAAAGAAGGGCUUGCGGCUCUGGAAGCUUUGCGUGUACGACUCACUGGCAGAGCGCUGGUGGGAGCGAGCUGUCUCUACAAUUACAGGGGGCAUCUGGACCAGGUGAAGGGGGCUCUUCCCAUCUUUCAAGGCCUGGGUCAAAUUCAGGAUCU